UAGGCUCUCUGCUGCUAGUCGCACGAGACACACCGUCGUCUGUAUUUUUGUGCGCGCAACUCUGCCUGUGCGGUAGUUUGGAGCCUUGUAAACGAAUUAUGAUGUAUCUGUGCAUGUCGCCGAGUGUGCCGUGAGUUGCCGACAUCGUCGCGACUAGCUGCCUGACCCCCACAACUCGCUGAGAGGUCCGAGAGCAGCCAGCAGCAGCAGUCUUGUGGACGCGCUAGUUUACAACGCACUGAGCAGCUGGGUUAGCUGUGCCGCAGCCAUGAGUCAAAGCUCGACAUCUCUGAGCAAAUCGAGGUCUAGUGACAAGGCAGCUCCCAGCACAGAGGAGCCAAGUCGGGUGGAGUGGCUGGAGAGGUUAGAUGGUGUCCACCUGCACCGCAGUGAUUUGAACCGGCUAGUCAUGGACUACCUGGUCACCGAGGGCUUCAAGGAGGCUGCUGACAAGUUCCGGCUCGAAGCUGGCGUGGUUCCGCCUGUGUCACUUGACUCGCUUGACGAACGCAUCCGGAUACGUGACUGUCUGCAGGAGGGCCGAGUGUUGGAAGCAGUGGCCCUGCUGAAUGGUCUACGCCCUGAGCUGCUUGACAAUGACCGGUGCCUGCUGUUCCAUCUGCGGCAGCAGCACCUCAUCGAACUCAUCCGUGAGGGGCGCACCGAGGAGGCGCUCGCCUACGCCCAGGAUCACCUCAGCGAGUGCGGGGAGGAGAACCCACAGCUCUUUGCACAGGUGCUGUCUGAACUGGAGCGGACUCUGGCACUGCUUGCGUUUGAGGAGCCACAGUCGAGCCCAUUUGGGGACCUGCUACACCCAUCGCAGCGGCAGAAGGUGGCCAGUGAAGUGAACGCUGCCCUGCUGGAGGACCAGAAUGCAACGCGGCCACAACUGUCCGUAAUGCUGCGCCUAUUGCUCUGGGCACAGGACCAGCUGGAGCAGCUGCCGCCGGGGGCGCCACGGUUGCGCUAUCCGAGAGUCACACAACUGGCCGACCCGUUCCCUCAGCAGUAGUAGUAGUAGGAGCGACAAAGACACACCGUUUGAUGCCCAUUGUUCUUUGCCCAAGUGGUUACUGCACUGUUUGACUUCGAUGAAAGCUCGGUGCGCGAGGACAAAAUGCUGCACUUCAAUCGCCCGUCUGCUGCCCAUCUUCUGCACGUGUGUGGGGAAGCAAGGUGACCUUUUCUGCAACGACCAGGCACAUCUGCAGAAAGCACUUCAGUUGUGCGACAAUCGGGCAAGCCCGCAGAAGUGGUACUGUUUGAGGGCUUAUCCACUAUACCCGGUGGGUGGGAGGGAGGAGUUGGCAGAUGUCACCCCUUUUUUUUGACAUAAUAAAUAUGAUUUCAUGCUUGCA